AUCUCAGUAUCUCGGUGCAAAAAUAAUAUUUUGCCUGAUAGCCUUUUAGGAGAAUAGCUGCUUGUCUCGUCUCUCAAACAACCAGUGUCUGGGACUCUCAAGGAUUACACGAGGGGUUAAACAUGUCCAGAACGCUGAAGAAGAAGAAGCACUGGUCAGGCAAAGUCCAGGAGUGCGCCGUGUCAUGGGGGAAUGCCGGGGAGUUCAGCUCGGUUGUGGAGGUACUAGGGGGAGCGGAGCUAGGCUACUUCCCGUACCUGGGACAGGUGAUUACCGAGGCGAUGGUCUGUCACGUCGGGAGGUUACCGAACAGCGGGGACGUGCUUCUGGAAGUGAACGGCACCCCUGUCAGUGGCCUGACCAACCGAGACACCCUUGCUGUCAUCCGCCACUUUCGGGAGCCCAUCCGUAUCAAGACCGUCAAACCAGGCAAGGUUCUGAAUACAGACCUGCGUCACUACCUCAGCCUGCAGUUCCAGAAAGGUUCGCUGGACCACAAGCUCCAGCAGGUGAUCAGGGACAACCUCUACCUGCGCACCAUUCCCUGUACCACGCGGCAGCCCAGAGAGGGGGAGGUUCCUGGAGUGGACUAUAACUUCAUCAGUGUGGAGGAGUUCCGUGUGCUGGAGGAGAGUGGCCUGCUGCUGGAGAGUGGAACCUACGACGGGAACUACUACGGGACGCCCAAGCCCCCAGCGGAGCCCAGCCCGGUGCAACCUGACCUGGUAGAUCAGGUGCUGUUUGAUGAGGAGUUUGAUACAGAGGUCCAGAGGAAACGCACCACCUCCGUCAGCAAAAUGGACAGGAAGGACAGUGCAGCCCCCGAGGAGGAGGACGAGGAGGAGAGAGAGAGGUCUCCCCUGGUCAACGGACUCACAGAGCACAAGGACAAGGCUGGACAGGAGUGGAUGAAGGCUGUGCCCAGCUAUAACCAGUCCAGCAGUGGGGCUGUGGACUUCCGGACCUGGAGCACCUUACCACGUGACGAAAGCCAGGAACCGCUGCCCAAGACCUGGGAGAUGGCCUACACAGAGACGGGAAUGGUUUACUUCAUAGAUCACAACACCAAGACCACUACCUGGCUGGACCCCAGGCUGGCCAAGAAGGCCAAGCCCCCGGAGAGGUGUGAGGAUGGAGAACUUCCGUAUGGCUGGGAAAAGAUUGAGGACCCACAGUAUGGAAUCUACUACGUGGACCAUAUCAAUCAGAAGACCCAGUUUGAGAACCCAGUCCUGGAAGCCAAGAGGAAACUGAGCCUGGACACCCCCUCCCCUGGGCUGCAGGGGCCUGUUGUGGGUGUGAGGGGUUUCGUACGGAACCCAGCCCAUCUCCAGGGCUCCAUUCUGAGGACAAAUCUGAGGAAGAGCCCCCAGGGGUUUGGCUUCACCAUCAUUGGGGGCGACCGCCAUGACGAGUUCCUCCAGGUGAAGAACGUGCUCCGAGACGGGCCCGCCGCGCACGACAACAAGAUGACCUCUGGUGACGUCAUCGUGGAUAUCAACGGGCUGUGUGUCCUGGGGAAGACUCAUGCUGACGUGGUUCAGAUGUUCCAGUCUAUCCCAGUCAACCAGUACGUGGACAUGGUGCUGUGUCGGGGUUACCCCCUCCCUGAGGACCCCAGUGGGAGUGACGACGCCUCCUCGUGGGACAUAGCCACUACCCUGGCCCCCGACGCCACCCCUUCACUUUCGACCUCUAACCCCCAGGAGAUACACUAUGUCACCAGCCCAGACGGCACCCUCCCAAGACAGACAACAGCUGUCCCAGCCAUGUCCAACGGGGGGCGCCACUACCCUGAGGGUCCAGACCCCACGCUGUUGCAGCCGGAGCUGGUGGGCGUACCCCUGGUGAAGGGGCCAGGAGGGUUCGGCUUUGCCAUCGCAGACUGCCCCCUGGGCCAGAAGGUGAAGAUGAUCCUAGAUGCCCAGUGGUGUCAUGGCCUGCUGAAGGGUGAUGUAAUCAAGGAGAUCAACCGUCACAACGUCCAGACAAUGAGCCACUCCCAGGUGGUGGACAUCCUCAAAGACCUACCUGUGGGGAGCGAGGUCAACGUUCUAGUUCUCAGAGGAGGUGAGACAGACAUAUCCAGAAAGGAGAAGGAGAUGACAACCAGCACAGAGACCCUCAGCACCCCAGAGCCAGCCCUGCCCCCCACCCCACAGCCCCUUCCCUUCCCCCCCAACACCAUCCACUCAGCCUCCCCCAAGCCUGACCCCUCACAACUCUACCUCAAGUCCAAGGCCCUGCUGGACAGCAAACCCCCCAACACCAAAGACCUAGAUGUCUUCAUCAAGAGGAACCAGGAGUCGGGCUUUGGUUUCCGAGUCUUAGGAGGAGAGGGGCCAGAUCAGCCUGUGUACAUUGGUGCCAUCGUGCCCCUGGGCGCGGCAGAGAAGGACGGACGUCUUCGGGCAGGUGAUGAACUCAUGUGUAUCGACGGGGUGCCAGUCAAGGGCAAGUCUCACAAGCAUGUGCUGGAGCUGAUGACCAACGCUGCCCGCAACGGACAGGUCAUGCUGACAGUCCGCAGGAAAUUGGCACAUACAGAGGAGGAUGGUGGUAGUGGUCAGCAGCAGGUGGCUCCAGCCCUGGUCAACGGCUCCCCCAAGCUGCCCCGCAUCCAGGUCCCUACAGACAGCUCCCCCCACCAACCAGAAUGCAACGACGUCACCCUGCAACGCAAAGACAACGAAGGCUUCGGCUUCGUCAUCCUUACCUCCAAGAACAAGCCUCCUCCCGGAGUUAUCCCUCACAAGAUUGGUCGCAUCAUCGAGGGCAGCCCCACAGACCGUAGCGGUCAGCUGAAGGUGGGCGACCAUAUCUCAGCGGUCAACUCCCAGUCCAUCAUGGAACUGUCCCACAACGACAUCGUCCAACUCAUCAAGGAGGCCGGCAACACUGUCACCCUCACUGUGGUGCCAGAGGAUGAGAAUAGUGGCCCUGCAUCUGAAACCAGUUCAGCCAAGCAGAGCCCUGCAACACAGCACAGAGCUAUGGGCCAGCAGCCUGCCAGCCACACUGACAGGAAUGGAGACGCCCUGGAGUAUAAGUCCCUUCCACCCAGCGAGAAGGGACAACUCAUCACCUCAGACCCCAAGCAGGGCGGUUUCCACGUGGAGCUGGAGCGAGGCCAGCGGGGGUUUGGCUUCAGUCUGCGGGGAGGGAAGGAGUACAACAUGGGCCUGUUCAUAUUGAGACUGGCGGAGGAGGGCCCUGCACUGAAGGAUGGCAGGAUACACGUAGGAGAUCAGAUUGUGGCGAUCAACGGUGAGCCCACCCAGGGCAUCACACACACCCGGGCCAUCGAGCUGAUCCAGGCUGGGGGCACCAAGGUCCUGCUGCUCCUCAGACCUGGCCUGGGCCGGGUCCCCGACCCCAGUAUGAAGGAGAAAGUGAACAAUUCACCCUCAAGCUUUCCAAGACUCUCUGCAUCCGACCAGCAGUCAUCCCCCACCUCUCCAUCCUCAAUCUCCCUGUCCACCUCCGAGCUGUCCCGCCCCUCCUCCGCCAACAACUCUGCCCCCGAGGAGCCCUCUGACUGGGAUACGUCUGCUGCAGCUGCACCCUCCCCCUCCAGGCUGCUGGAGCCCAACAAGGCCAGAGGGCAGCAGACUCACCACCAUAGCCAGAGGAGAGCCAACAGCCCCAACAACAACACCCUCCCCAAGAAAAGUGAUUCCAUCACCUCCCACAACGACAAGCAUGCUAACCCCAAGAGAUCCACCGAAGCCCCGGCUGAAACCAAGGAGCGCUCCCAGAGCCCCAGGAAGACCGACAGAGUAGACCGAGACAACAAGGCAGGGAGUGCUGAACACAAGAAUGGCUCAGUGGAGGGAGACCUGAGCAGCGAGAGGAAGGCCCAUGGCCAGAGAGAGGGCCGGAAGGGUCGAGAGUGCCGCUCUUCCAGCCCCAGGAAGAUGACCUCAAAGAGGGAUCCGGAGGCAGCAGUCUCCAGGCAGGCCUCGAAGGGCCAGGAGGGUCAGAGGCACUCUAGGGGGCAGCAUCCCAUCUCCAACCCUGCCUCUGGUAAGGGCACUCAGGGGAGAGAAAGGAGACACAAGGAGGAGGACCCCUCUCACAGACAAGAGAGGGAGACGAGAACCAGCGAGCACCGCAGGAAGGACACAGGGGUGGAACGAGAGGCAGAGCCUCAUAGAUCCCACUCCCAGACACAGAAGGAGAAGACAGGGCCGGACUCAGAGGGCGGAACCCUGAAUCGGAGAGAGAGGAGUCAGAGAGAGGGCAAACACAGAGAGGCAGCGGAGGAAGAGAAUCAGAGGGACACCAGGGAGAGCACCAGUAGUGCUGUUAGCCAGGACUCCACAUGCAACAGGAACCCCAGCAGCAAGAAGCAGGCCACCAUCACCCCAGGGCCUUGGAAGGUCCCUAGCUCAGCCAAAAUCCACUCUCAUGUGGAGGGAAACUGAUGCAUCGUAGACUAACUAACCUGUCCAUAACAGAUACAUACACAGCUUCUACAGUUCUGCUCAUUUGCAGCAUGAUGACAUUUAGAAUGGACCAAUGAGGAUUGAGAGGAUUUAGGCUAUUUUGCGUCACUGUGUUAAUCCAUAUCAUCACAUUGCCUCUUAUUGCAUAUCAGUGCUUCACAGUUUGCUUCAGCCAACCUUCCUACAGGCUGUUUUAAUGUCCAGAGUUCAGUCAGUUUGUGGCUCUGCAGAUGCGGUGCGUGCCUGUUGAUCUGGAGGAUGUGAAGUCCAAUCUGUUUUCUGCCAAUCAGACUCCAACCUGCUGGGAGGAAGUUGGUCCAUGUCAUGUGAUGUAUCGUCCUUUCUGUGAUGUGAAACUCUUUUGUGGUUGAAUGAAAGGAGAUGCUUCCUCUCUGAUGCUGGCUUUGAUGAAGGAUGUUGUUGUUUGUCACUACUGUAUGAAGGUUUUAAAGACAGACUCUUAUCCAGGCAAUCACUCAGCAUUUUGUGUUCCUGGUGGCUGGUGGGAUUGAUCCACUGCUAUGUACCUGAUGGAUGUAUAAAGAGGUGAGGGUGAUUUCUCCUCAAGUCACUGGGAGAUCAGGGGGGUUUGGUUUUCAAUCAUUUUCUUUCCAUAUCUAGAAAUCCAGUCCAGACAUGUUAACUGGUGUGUAGGCUACAUGCUCUGUGCAGACUCGGAAUCACUGUUGUCAUCAGCUUUGCAGUGGAUUUUAGAUCAUUACGGAAAAGCUUUAUAUGCAUAUCUAUCUGAAGACCAGACACUUGUGGUUAGCUAUAUUGUUUACUACUACAUGUGUGUUUAUUAUGACGCAUAUUGUAAUUUAUUGAGAUUAAAUGACAAAGAAUAAGUAUAUAUGUAUCCAUACUGAGCCAUUCCAUAUUUUGAUGUACUGACCACAGGAGGUUGGUGGCACCUUAAUUGGGGAGAACGGGCUCAUGGUAAUGACUGGAGCGGAAUUAGUGGAAUGGUAUCAAACACAUAGUUUCCAGGUGUUUGAUGUCAUUCCAUUUACUCUGUUCCGGCCAUUAUUAUGAGCAGUUCUAGUAAGUGUGUAGAAACAUCACCACUGAAAAUGUUAAUUUGCUUUAUUGCAGGAGAACUUUCCUAUCCUCAAACUUGUAGUGUAUUUGAGGUUUAAAAAGACUUCUGACACUUUCAAAUUUCAGUCUUGAUUUUCCCUUACGAAAAAUGUAUCAACCCCUACAAAAGUGAACAUGAAUUGUAAUCCACAUAAUAAUUCACAUUUCCUGUUCCUGCAGGAUUAUUUUCCUACUGUAGCAAACUGCCUCAAGUUAAGAUCUUACAUCUGUACUUCAAUUACUGCUCAUCACUACAGUGUUUUAGUGUACAUCACAUUACAUUCACGUCACUGUAUCAAUAACUGUGCCCCCAUGUUGGAUGAGCCAUGUCAAUCAUGUAUGAUAAUUCUAUCCCAUAUUAGUCUAUGAUCCGUAUACAUUGUAUUUCUAUCCAUUCACAGCCCGUUCACAUCCUUAAUCGGUAAUGUUGUUUAUUGUAAGCAGCCAUUUUAGAUCCUCUGGUAAAAUGUGUCUACUACAAGCUGACAGGUGUGUAUUUUAGACAGUGCUGUAGCUUUGACUGUAUGUUAUCUAAUAUGUGUAUUAUUUAGCAAGGUGUUUUCUAAUCUAAAUGUGGGGGUAAAUUAGCUGUAUUGGCAGAUUGAGGUUAAAAAGUGAGACCUUUGCAUUAUUAUGACACCACCAUUUUUUUUCUUCCAACGUGCACAUCAAAAUGUGCUUUUAAUUUUACACCAGUCCAAGAUGUUAAUAUUAAAUACAUCUAAAAACUACAGUAAUACCAAACAUAUCCUGAUAUAUUCUGGCACACAUCAGACCAAGGUUUCCCAAACUCAAACUCUGUCCAGAUCAACUAGCCCAUGUCAGCUACCGUUUUUUAGCCCAUAGAUAUUGUUGUAAUAUUUUUGUCACUCAAAUAACAUUAAACAUGGCAAAAUAUAUAGAAUCGCAAGAAAAUUAGCUUUAAAACUGGAAAAUGUUCUUUGCACCCCAAACAUUUGUUGGUAGAAUUGCAGGAAAUAAGCUUUAAGCUUGAAAAAUUCUCUCCACCAACAAGAGGGGUGUGAACAGUGCUUGUGCCCAUAAAAAUAGACGUGGCACGUCAAUGCGCAAGGGGUGCACGGGAUGUUCCCCAAUGUUGGAAGGGGGCGCUGAGUGAAAAAGUUUGUGAAACCCUGCUUUAGACUAUAGUGCCCUCUUCUGGAGGAACGGAAAUAAAGGAACUCCAUGCGACAAUCCCUGAAAUGUUAAACAUUUUGGCAGACAUUUUAAUCCAGAGCCAUUUACUGGAGCAAUUAGGUUUACGUGCCUUGCUCAAGGGCUCAUCGGACGAUUUUUGACCCAGUCGGCUCAGGAUUCGAACCAGCAACCGUUUUGGUUUCUGGCCCAACUGUCCUAACCGCUAGGCUACCUGCCGCCCCUAAUCUGUGUCAUGAUUUUACAAAAUGACAGAAGUUUACACAAUGAUAGCCUAGUCUGUUUGAGGGCAUCGUUAUGUGGCAGCUUUGAAAAUGAUCUGACAAAACCUUACAUUUGGGUGUGUCCAGCUUCAAGUCUUCUCUUUCAAUCAACCUUUUAAAUCUUGUGAUAAAAUCUUAGACAAGUUUAAGGAUUAUGAUUUACUCUUCACCGUUAUAUUUAGUUUCCCUUUUACCUCCCAUCAUUCAUGUCAUGUGUCUGUAUAUAAUAAUGUGGCCUUGCAUUGCUUCAACAGAAAACAGCCUUUUGGUCUUUACAUUAUGUGGUAGUUGUAAAUGUUUAUACAUUGUACAGCACCUGUAUAAAUACAUGCCUUCAUUCAGAAAAACAACUGUAAAUCUCUCCAUUAUUUUUUUAAAGUAAUUGAGAAGAAAAUUAUAUAAAGUGGUAAGAGAAAGUAAUCUGGUCAUGGCAUUCUGUUCAU